AUGGAGCCUACAAUGGAUGCCCAGUUGGCAGGACUCCAGAACUCCCAGUGCUGUCCGAUCACCAUGGCGGCACUCCCUAUAAGCGCUCUGGGUACAACAGAAAAGCUUAAUCUUCAGGUUGGGGACUUGGAAAAUAUACCAUUGUUCAACAACUUGGACGGACGGACUUUAGAGCUGCAGACUUUCCCUGGAAAUAAUCAGACUCUACAGGGUAUACAGACGGUCAAGCUAACCCUAAUUAACUGCGGCGACCAGCAAACAAUACUUUUAACAACCCCUUCCGGUCCCUUUGGAGGUCUAGAUCAGUCGACCGAGGGACUGACAAUAACUAUACCUGAGAAUCUGCUGACUAGUGACUUGAAUCUCUCUGGACUUUCUACUGUCCCCAUAAGUACACUACCUGUCCAGGCGGAAGCAGAAAUCGAACCUCCUGGUCCAUCAAAGUCUGUGGGUUAUACAAAUCUGACCUCUCUUCCACCAAUAACGUCAGUAUCCGACAAGCUCUAUGCACAGAAGCUCCCGACAGAUGUUCAGACCGUACAAGGGGCCACGCAGACUUACGGUGUACCCGAUUUGGCGCCUUUUGUUGCUACUAAUGGGGAGAAACCUCGGAUAGCUGAGAAGAGUGUCUCCAACACAAAGGUUUUUCCCGCUCCCACGGCAGAGUUCGCACCCUCCGCACCGCUGCCAAUUACUAUCAGCGUGUCGAACGAAGUCCCGUCCGUCUCUAUGGUCGAAUUUCCAAAAACUGAGCUUAAAACUUCGAGACCCAUUACUCCAGGUAUGUUUCCAUUCUCUUAACUCCUGCUUAACUUUUUAAAUUAUAUUACCAUCCUCGCUUUUUUUCAGAACCUGCUAGCCCAUCCAGCAACCAAGGAGAGACAACUAGUGAUUUGAAUCAUGACGCACCGAGCCCUAGCCAAGACGCGACGGAGCUUAACACUAAGGUAUUUAUACGUCAAUUUCCUGAUUUGCAUUAGGAGCUGGCACAAAAGAUCAGCGAGGAGCUCAAGCGUCACAGCAUUCCCCAGGCCGUUUUCGCACAGAAAGUGUUGUGCAGAAGCCAAGGGACUCUUUCUGACUUGCUGAGGAAUCCAAAGCCAUGGAGCAAACUUAAAUCGGGUCGCGAGACCUUUCGACGAAUGUGGAAAUGGCUUAACGAGCCGGACUACCGCAAAUUUGCGUUUCUCAAGAGUUCUGGUAAGUUUUUGGUUUUGAAACCAGUGUCUUCUGCAGAUUUAGACACAGGUACCCUCAAACGCAAAGGCGGAGACGUGAAACCAGGUGAAGAAAAAGCUUCGAAAAAGCCGCGCCUAGUCUUCACGGACAUUCAAAGGCGAACCCUACAGGCCAUAUUCAAGGAAACAAAGCGACCAAGCAAAGAAAUGCAAACCACGAUUGCCCAACAACUUAGUCUGGAAGUGUCGACUGUGGCGAAUUUCUUUAUGAAUGCGCGUCGCCGGUCAUCUGACAAGUGGCAGGAUGAUGAUGAACCCCAACCCACUGAAUCUGCCUCCCCCUCGCGAAGCAUAGACCCACCAUCUCCCAGCGAACCUUCUCAACCUGCACCCUCGGCUCUGCCAGAACCACCAGUGCUUCAGCCAGCCCCCGACGCGAUUCCCCCAUCGCAAAUUUUUCUGGAAUGCCUGGAACCGCCUGUCCCUCUGCCGUCCACUGUAGAGUUUACCUCUUCACCUGCCCCUCCAAGACUUACCCCUGACACGGGUGUCGCCGUUCCCGCCCAAGCCACAGUUCAUAUAAACUCUGGAGUUCCUUCUCAGGUUGUGCGUGAACGUCCUGUGUCCGGUGGCAUUCUGGUCGCCUCUGAUGGCUCGUCAGUCAGCGGCAUCUCUCCACAGUUGCUGACGCAUUCGCUGCAGUUACUCCCUGCGGGCCAGAACGCUAUCCUGAUCAACAACCCUAUAGAGGGUGAGGAGGAUCCUAUAAGUAUAGCCACCCUUCCAGGGUCAUCAGCCUGCUUGAUCUCAUCAACAGGCAUCCCUGUGUCCAUGAUAUCUGCUCUUGAUUCGAUCUCACUUCCGACCGGCCUUUUCACUUCGAGUUCUCCUACCUCGGCUCAGUUGAUUAGGCCCUCAAGUGAUGACUGCCAGACCGUGCGUAUCGCUCUUCGUGCCGGUCCCGUUGACCCCUCGCGAACCAUCCAAACGCAGUCUGGUCCCACGGGUCUCGUUCUUCCGUCGGCUGCUACACUGAUUGCUAACGAUAGGAGUGUUGAGGCUGAGCAUCAACCAUCGUCCUCCGCCUCAGAUGCCCCCGCGCUGUGUCGUGUUAAGCCGGAGCACACGUCGCAGGCCACUGCGUCUUCCCGUGUAGGUAUCUCUCUAAAUCCAAAAGGAAAGUAA